GCUACACAGACCUCGUGAAGAGGCUAGUAUGACUUGAAAAUAAACUCUGAUAUACACGCGUCUGCGCAAAGUUCAGUUUAGUGUUUCAAAUGGGAUUUAUUAGCAUUUUGCUUUUUGCUGCGUGUAUAAGCAGCGUGAAGGGGAACUACCAAUAUGUCCUGGCACCUAACGUGAUCCGAUUGGAAAAUGAGGAGACUCUGAUUGUUGGCAUUUUUGGGAAUGGAAAGAAUCAGAACGUAAAGGUAUACUUUGAAUAUAUGAACAGCAGGAUCUCCGAGAGAAAUGAAACAACGAUAUUAGAUGCAGAGCAUCCUGUCGAGGUAAAGGUCAAGGUAACCGCAGAUGACCUGUUCAAAGACAUCGACGCCAGUCCAAAGUUCAGAGAUAGACCGAAAUCAAUCAAAUUGGUCUGCAACGGAACAUACGGGACGCAGGUCCGAGAUAUCGCCCUUAGUUACACGCCAGGUUAUCUGAUCGUACAGACGGACAAACCUUUGUACAAUCCGACGCAGACAGUAUAUGUUCGAGUUUUGGCGAUGAACGAAUCUAUGAAUCCUAUCAAGGACAAGCAGUUGACUAUUGACCUGAUAAGCCCCACAAAUAUGACUGUAGGCACGUUGAACUUUGAUUCUGGAAAAAGUAUCCAUGGCUUCUACAGGGGAGAAUUUCAACUUCCGCCGGUCCCAGAUUUUGGAAUAUGGACUAUCAAAGCUAAACUUGGAGGAAAGUUGGAGACCUAUGGGAUUGCACCCAUUGAAGUUCGCGAAUUUGUUCUCCCUACAUAUGGGGUAGAGAUUAAAACACAACGAGAGUACAUAUUGCCAACCGAUACUACCAUUGCUGUAACAGUGACAGCCAAUUACGUCUACGGCAAGGCAGUUGAAGGGCUUGCAGGACUCGACAUAAUCGUCCGGAAAGAGGGGGAUGUGUCAGACCCGCAACGUGUGGAAAGACAGCCGCUCAAAGAUGGCAAGGCAGUUUUUACGGUAAAUAUAACGCAGCUAGUGAAAGGUUUAGGGGGACAGUUUCCAGUGGACAGCGUCUUAAAGUUGUCAUCAACUGUUUAUGAGACAGUAACAGGAAAAGAAGAGACGGGAGCCGAUGAUUCAGUCAUCUUUGUCAACUGUCCCUUCAAGUUUGAUUUAUCACGUUCGAAGACUACAUACCGAAAAGGCUUCACAUAUUACAUGCAGAUAUACAUGCUACAUGCUAAUGGUAAACCGGCCGCUCUGGAGGCCUUCUAUCUAACGAUCGACGGAAGCAGAUCAGAAGAAUAUCGGACGAACACUCAUGGUCAUUAUCUGGCUGAAAUUCCAGUUGCAGAGAAGAAUGUGACACGCAGAAAAAUAAAGGUAUAUGCUUCAAAGUUUGCGAAAUGUGAGACAGAGUUGAACCUUCAGCCAUACACAGGAGACAGUCAGAUUGUCGUCGAGAAAUUAGACAGACAAGGCAACCCGUUCAUUCAAGCCAGGACAAACAUCAACACCAACCAAGUGGGCAAUUAUUCAGGAAUAUUAUUGCUGAUAACAGCUCGCGGUAAAAUUGUGAAGACAAAGUACUUUCCCCCAUCCAACGAUCCCGGUUUUAAGUUGGAACAGGAUGUUAUAGACAAGGUUUCGCCCGCUGGCCGAGUGUUAGCUUUCUAUGUGCACAACGAUCAAUUAGUAGCAGACUCGUCUAUUUUUCAUGUAGAUGCAAAAUGUCGAGAGCAGCUGGAGCUAAUGCCGAAGGCGCCAAUGCUGAGGCCUGGUCAAACGUCCAAACUUACUGUAAAAGGUCCUUCCGGAAUGUGGGUUGGAUUCAACAUCAUCGACAAGGCGUUGCUGUUAUUGAACAACAAUAACGUUCUCAAGGUGGAUAAGAUCUUUAUGGAAAUGGAAGCUCACGACCUAGGCUGUGGUGCUGGGGGUGGAACCAACAGCGAAGAAAUAUUCAAGAACGCGGGUCUUACUAUUCUAACAAACGCUUUUGUGAACGAGGAACGCAUCCGAAGAGAUAAAACUGAAUGUGCCGCUAAUCAACGAAAACGACGAGCUGUACUUGACGAAAACGGUUGUUAUUACGGUGUAAACCCAGUUUGCUGCGAACAGGGCGUCCAGUAUGCCUUUGAUGUUAUAUAUAAGUACGAAACAGAUAAGCAGCAUUUUAAGCCAGAUCUCUCUGAACCCGUUCCAUACAUUGAAUGUUAUUCGAAGGCACGGAAAUUGGCCGAAACUUAUAAAGACAAGGUGCCAUCUAAAUGUCCAUUGGCUUUUUACGAAGCGUGCUUUGUUACUAUGACGGCUGAAUUAAGAGAUUCAGAGUUUGCCACAGGCAGAUCGAUACUUACUGUUCAAGAUCAAUAUAAACUGGACGUGGAACAAUUAGCAGAAUAUGGCGUAAGAGACAUGAAAAUUCGUAGAAAUUUUGAAACAUCGUUCUUCUUUGAAGAACACAUGAUAGGUGAUCAGGGCUUUACCACUAACCUCACAUACAGAGAUUCUAUAACAGAAUGGACAAUUCAAGCCAUAGGUAUAUCUGAAAAGACCGGUGCUUGCAUCGCAGUUCCCAAAGAAGUGAACGCCUUUAAAGAGUUUUUUAUUCAAGUCGAUCUGCCUUAUAAAGUAACACGAAAGGAAAAUUUCAACGUGAAAGUAACGGUGUUCAAUUACAUUGACAGUCAAAAAGAUGCUCGUGUCUACUUGAAAGGCGUAGAUGCGCUGUGCUACAGCGCCGCUCCCGGCCAACAUUCACCACCGCAGUCAAUCACCUUGCCUCCGAACGGCGCAAAGACUAUUACGUUUCCCAUGAUACCCCUGGAAGCGGGAACCUUUCCAAUCAUUGUGUCGGCAUUUGUGACGAGCGAUAUAACGCCAAACGCAGAUAUGGUUGAAAAAAAGCUCCUUGUUGUGAUCGAGCGAGGGAAAAAGGCUAGAAAGAGCAAGAGAAGAGAGAAAGAGACAGGAAGAAUGAGGGUAUUCUGGAAAAAAAUGAGCUUGACUGUAUGUCUUGAUCCGAAUAACCAAAUGGAAAACUGCGUCCAAGGCCCAGAAGUGAAAAAUAAAGAUGCAAUUAAUGUAGGUGACUCUCCGUCUGUGAGAAUGGAAAUAGAGCUACCUUUUCCACUUUCGUCUUUGCCUGGAACUGCAAAAGCAAAUGCAUACAUUAAAAGUAAUCUGAUGGGAGAUCCAGUGUCUUGUGUCCUGGAAGGAGUGGACAAGAUGUUUUAUGAACCUCAUGGCUGCGGUGAACAAAACAUGAUACACACAGCACCUAUUGUCUACGGAAUGUAUUUCCUGAAGCAAACUGGACAAAUGGAGGAAAAACAUGAGGAUUUUGGCACUAGAUUCAUGCGAAAUGGGAUUACACGCCAACAAUCCAUGUAUCAGAAAGAUGAUGGGUCUUAUGCAGCAUUUCAAGCACGUCCAUCAAGUUUGUGGUUAACAGCAUUUGUUGCAAAAGUAUUCUGCCAAGCCGAGAACGUUGUAAAAGGUCUUGCCAACACGGAUAGCCUUCAGAAAACGUUGGCAUACAUUUCUAAAAAUAAUUCUGUUGGUUCGGGCCAUUUCCAGGACGAUGCACCGGUUUUAGACAGGGGCAUGCAGGGUGUGUUGGGUCAACACGAUCCCAAAUCAGAUCCGUCGUUGACAGCUUUUGUUCUGACAUCCCUGCAAGAAUGCAAAGAACGAAAAGAGGAUGUUCAGGAUUCCAUUUCACGGGCAAUGAAGGCACUUGAAGGGUUACCAGUGAAAAUAAUUAACAACAAUCCAUAUCUUCUUGCAAUAUCGACAUAUGCUUUAGCUUUGUCAAACAGUGCAAAGGCAAAUGGAUUUAGAAGGAGACUUUACGACAUAAGGCAAAACGAUAGUGAUCGUCUGUAUUGGUCUAAUAGCGGUGCUGCAGACUCAUAUUCAGUAGAAACGACGGCAUACGCCCUCCUUGCCUUCCUGAAAUUUGAUGACUUUAAGACAAGCCACAAGAUAGUGGCAUGGUUGACGGCUCAGAGCGAUGCAACCGGAAUAUGGCGUUCAACUCAAGACACUGUGGUUGCCAUGCAGGCCCUUGCGACUUACAGCGCGCGCACGUACAAUCCAGAAGUCGACCUUCACGUUAAAAUUGAAAAGGGAGAUUGGAUAAAGAAAAGCCAUGUUAACCGUGAAAACUCCCUACUACAUAUACUUAUUCCAAACCUUCCCUUAAAAACUGGCGAAAGAAAGUUUUAUGUCACAGUUAAUGGAAGAGGGUCAGGUGUGUUGAAGAUUGACAUGUUUUACAACAGGAGAGCUGAGGAUGACGAAAUUUGCCCUUUUACGAUCAGUGCAAUCGAUGUUAAACCCGUAAACAGCGAUAUUGCUAAUAAUCCAAACAAGGGUGUCAUCAAAAGCAGGAAGUGCAAUGUGUGUGGACAUGAAUGCCACGAACCUAUAGACAUUGAUUAUCCGACUGAUAUGAUUAGUUUGACCCGCAAGAAACGACAAGCUAGACCAGUGCAGACGUGUAUUGAGUUCUCAGUCAAGUCAAAGCCGUCCGCUAAGAACUCUAACGACGCAGGUAUGUCUAUUGUGAAGGUGAACUUGGAGACGGGCGUCAAAGUUGUGGAAUCUGACUUAAAAAAGAUGCAGAAGGAGAGCGUGUUUCCCCGCUACGAGAUGCCGAAGGAUGGACAAGGAUUCGUUAUCAUCUAUCUGGACAAUAUAACGUCUGCUGAGACUAAACUAAUAUUCCGACUGGAGGACCAGUUUUCAGGCGACGAUUCAAGCCGCCAACCGGCAACUGUUAAGGUUUACGAUUACUACAAGCCAGAACGAUCUUGUAUAAAGAUGUACGGCAUUGGUUCAAACCAUGGACAUGAAAUAAAGUAUACGUGCAAUGACGGGGGCGAUCAGUGUCAAUGCAUGAAAAGUCAGUGUUCGAAGCAAGUUGAUCAGGAACUCUUCGAAAUGGCGAAUAAAAUUAAUUCUGAGACGGAUGCUGUGAAACGAAUGAAACUUCGCAAACCCGCCGAAGCUCUGAUGGACUAUGCGUGCAAAUUUGAUAAUGCAAACUUUGUUGUCAAAGUCAGCGUGACAGAAAAAGGAUACAGUUCGGAAAGGGAAGUUAUGAAUGCAUCAGCAGUAAUAGAGGAAGCGCCGCUACAAGGUACUAGACUCAUGGAAAAAGGAGAUAAAAUGGAAUUUGAAUGGCAAGUGUCAUGUACACAGCCGAAACUGAUAGUGGGUAAAACCUACUACAUCAUAGCAAAGGAUGGGACUUCUUUCACUGACAAGGGAGUGGAGAGAGUGAAGUAUGACCUGACAGGAACGGCACUCGUGAUCGACCCAGAGUCCAAACCACUUCUUCGUAUCGUUAUGGCACAGUUCGUUAAGGAACUGACGAAGAAUAAUGGAUGCACAAGCUAAGCGUCGAAGCUUCAGCAUCGCUUGCAACUGUGCAACAUAACUAAAUGUUGUACGACCUGAUUUGACUACCCCUUUUCAGCAUACGGACAUCAUGUAUACAAUUAAAUGCCUAACUGUGUGUGUUAUAUUUUAUGCAUGGACUGUAAAUAAUAGUUAUUGUUCUGCGGUAUUCGAAAGAUCUGCACAAUAUUCAGAAUGACACCAUUUAAAAGCACGUUUGAAGAAAUACACUUCUUUGUAAGCAUAUUUAAAUUGUUCAUUUAUACUGAUAUCUACUAGAAAAACGUAUGAUCCAAUAAACAAGUACCAUUA